GGGCUUCUGUAGCCGCCGAAUAACCGGUUAUUACUGCAAUAUCCCUCCGCUGAUAAAUAUAGUGUAGAACAAUUCUUUAUCUUUUUUCUGGUUAUUCAAGUAAAUCUUUCUGUAGGUGAUGCAUACAAAAAUUGAUUGAGAUCCAUUUAUUGAAUUUGUCAAAUAAGACACUGUUGUCAACGAAAGUGAGCGCCAUGUUCGUCCAAAGUGAAAGUAGUCCGGCCACAUAAAAGCAAUUGGCAUCGCCACCAGCGAUCUUUCCAGUCGCAUGCUAAAGUUGGGUACGGAUGAUGUCUUGCGAUUCUGCUGAUUUCAACAGGUAAAACUGGAAUUGUUGGUUGUUGUUUUGUGACACCUCCCCGUUUUAAGUGCAUUUACGAGUGUCACCUGAGUUGGCACUCUGUGUGUUGCUGAAUUACCAAUAUCGAGUUAGCUAGGCCCUAACGUCUGUCAGGGUGAUGGGGUUGCUAACCGUUAGCUUCUCAGCCGUGAGCUACAUAGUUACUCGUACCUCUGAAAAAGCGCCAACAUGUAUUUCAACGCAAAAAAUGUCGUGAGUUUGUUGUGUUUAAUUUCAUAGAGAUGUUGAUAUUGCUAUUUUGAAGACAGCAUUGUCCUUUCGUAGUGUGUGCUGCUGUGUGAGUUGAAGUAACGGUUGGGCCAGGCUGCAGCUCGGCCUAGCUCUCUCUUAGGAAACUGAAGCCCCCGCUGGCAGCACAGGCCCGACUGCACGACAUAUUGGUUUACGUUUGGAGAGCAGGGCUCCAUAUUAAGACAUGCAGAGGCUGCACAAACGGGACUUUGCCGCUUUUAAAACUCAAUAUUCUUAAGACGGGGCGCCCCAAUCGCUCCGACACCUUUUGAUCGUUACAUAAUCGGUCGUUUAGGAGGAGAAGGUAGUCAUGGUUCGCUCGUGGAAUUUGACACGUGCGCCCAGCGACGGCCUGGACUCUGUAUUGAGACACUCUGGGCGUAACCCGGUCCACGAGAGACUCACUAAUUUAACAUUUUGUCGUAGCUUUUAGUAUUAAAUCGCGUUAGUAUGGAUGUAAAGUGCUGCUUUUUCAGACAGUCAUGGCAGGACACGUGGUAACCUAACUGAUCAUUACACUCUAACAUCUGUAAAUGUACGUACGGUAUCUGCAAACGCUAGUUCAGCAAAAUCUCAGUAUGAAAGUGUUAAAAUAGUGUUAAACGGAGGUUCUAUAAUUUUAAAGCUUUACAUUAAUUAUCAUGUCUGAACGUGUGAUAUCUCUAGUCGGUGUUGACUGCAUUAUUGUUGCAUAUUUUAGUGGUAUUCCUCUGUGAAUGUACUGUGUGUGAUUUCAAAGUGUACCAGAAGUGAAAUUUGACCAGAAUAAUAACUAUUUGUAUAGAACCUUUGUAAAAACAGAUGUUUACAAAGUGCUUUGACAUGUAGCCAUAGAGCACAUGGAAUAGGACAAGUUAAAAACAAAAAGCUCAGUGAAAACUGAAUUGAAGUCCAUUUUAAUGUCAUAAGGGACCCAGACAAUACAAGAACCAUGCAACAUAAAAUGAGACCAUGAGGACCAAAAUAAAAACAUGAAAUGGUGAAGAAAGAAGGAAAAUGCAAUUAAAAGGGAGGACAAAAGUGGAAACUGGAUAGUAAAUAUAAAAGACAAUAUCAACAAUGAUAAUAAAAGUAAUGAUAAAUUAGAGCAAUAGAAAUGAGCAAGAGAUCAAACAAUAAAAGGCCUAAAAGGUUAAAUAAGAAAAGAGAACAAGUAUAAAGAAAAAUGUAAAAAAAAAAAAAAAACAGUAAAGCUGGAAUAAGAGGGGUAAAAGAGAUAAAAGAAGGCAUCACGUAAAAGCAAGUCUGAGUUUUUUUAAUUUGACUUUUUUCUUGCAAUAGCUCAAAAGAAAGAGGCCAUGGGGGCCCAGAUGGAAUGGAGCCUGAUGGAGUCAUUGAGGUAAAUAUAAGAGUGAAAUUUCUUCAUUUAUUCACACUGAUUUUAGGUUUUAUCAACAGCUUCACUUUCUGUGUGUUGCUUACUUGCAGAGCAACUGGAGUGAGAUUACAGACAACUUCGAUGACAUGAACCUGAAGGAGACUCUUCUUCGGGGAAUAUAUGCAUAUGGUUUUGAAAAGCCAUCUGCCAUCCAGCAAAGGGCUAUCAUUCCUUGCAUCAAAGGUAAAUCUAUCAAAUAAAAACCAUUGUUAAUAAAAAGAGAUGUCAAGUUGAGUGAAGUGAUGCUUAACCAUCUUUCGGGACUUACCCAAUAAUGGGGAUAUUUUUUUCUCAUACUGAUCACUCAAUGUAGUUGACCUGACCUGCGUACAACCAGGACACUUAAGUCUUGUAAUUUAUUGAACUUCAUAAUAUUCCUUUACUGCAUAUAAUAUUGUUUCUUUGCUGUCAGGCUAUGAUGUCAUUGCCCAGGCCCAGUCAGGCACUGGCAAGACGGCCACGUUUGCCAUCUCUAUCUUGCAGCAGCUGGACAUUGAGCAUAAGGAGACUCAAGCCCUGGUGUUGGCUCCCACCAGAGAGCUGGCUCAGCAGGUAUGCUGUUCUGAGGUCACAAUAACCUCAACAGUGUCUCAGACCUAGACAGCACAUUGAGGACACUGAUUCAAAUACGAAGGUACCAUUUUUUUAAAAACCUGUCUAAAUUCUGAUUUUGUGAAACAAAAGCAUCCUCUUGCGACUGGUGUAGUCUGUCUCCAUGGCUACAUUGGCCCGAAAGGCGAUCUGGCUUCAUUGAAUGAUUGUUCAUAACUAUUUGAUUGCUUUUGUGGACAACUGAGUGACAUGAUGGCAUACCAUCUUUCGGGACUGACUCUUUUUGUGGAGAGUUUCUUGUAUUACACUGAUCACUCUGAACAGUUGUUCUAAAACAGUUGUCGUGUUUUCAUUAUCCUGAACUUGUGUUUGUUUUGUCCUUUUCCCAUCCUGUCUCCCUCCAUUAGAUUCAGAAGGUCAUUCUGGCUCUAGGUGACUACAUGGGGGCAGCCUGCCAUGCCUGCAUUGGAGGGACUAACCUCCGCACAGAGAUACAGAAGCUCGAUGCGGAGGCUCCUCACAUAGUGGUGGGCACACCUGGACGUGUGUUCGACAUGCUCAACAGAGGACAUCUUAGUAAGUCGGUCAGGUCUUGAUAAAAAGAAAUUUCUUAAGAUUUGAGACCCAUUCCACAAUAUUUAAUUUUUAUUGCCACAUUUCCUCAGGUGCGAAAUACAUCAAGAUGUUUGUUCUGGAUGAAGCUGACGAGAUGUUGAGUCGAGGGUUUAAAGAUCAGAUCUACGAGAUCUUCCAAAAGCUGAGCACGAACAUUCAAGUAAGCAUUCGUGGCAAAAUGCUAAACGCUAGCCUGUUCCUUAUGAUGUCCUUCUGCAUUAACAGAAGUCUGCUAUAAUUGUGUGAAUCAGAUCUGAUCUGUCUCACGCGAUAAUGCUAGCAGAUUAUUGCGUGGAAGGAGAUGAAUUCGCACGGCACUGAAAAUGAGAUGUGGUCGAACCUCUUUCUUAAUGUUCAUUGGCCUCUGUCUCAAGGUGCAGUGUCACAUAUUUAUAUUUAUAUGACAUACAUAUAUGUCACUAUUUACUUUCACCUAAAUGCCUCACAUCACAUUUAAGUAACAAUCCAAGGAGGGCAAAGCAAGACCAGAAUGCUGUCCUGCUGUCAAAUUUGCUCAUCAAUUGUGUCAGUGAAAUACUUCAUUGAUCAUAAAAGUUUAACAAUCGCAACUCUCCUACCAGUGAAACGUAAUUGAAUAAUGGAUCUGCUGCAGCACACAAAGCAAGCAAAUUAAACUUCCUAGUCUUCCCAGUAAUUGAUCGGGAUGAAGUCUGGAUAAGUCGACACCACACAGAAGUACGGUGGCACUUGUCUGCUUGGGCUGGCUUAAAGACUAGAGUUCGGCUGUUUUUGUAAAGGUGUAAAAAACAAGAUUUACCCUCUGAAGGAUAUGACACAGUAUGAUUUCUAAAAACAAUAGUCAAGUGCUUAUAUCAUGGUCUUGCAUAUCAGAAAAGACUCAAUAAAACAAUGUUCUCAUUCUCUCUGUUGGUGCAGCAGGCUGAUUCACAGUUCAUUAUUAUCCUGUUGAACAAAUGUCUUCUACAUUAAAUUGAUGUUAAAUGUCUACUCUAACCUCUGCUCGUCUGUCUAAAAGUACAGCAUGAAUAACGAAGGAGGCGUACUCGCUUCACGUGUUAAUCCUGGCUUUGUAAACCUGCAUCCUGUAGGUCCAGUUUAUCAUGAAUAGGAAUUAUGGUUGAGAUGCCAGGUAAUUUAUUACAUUGCCUGUUUUGAUAUUUCCUGCCAUUAAAUCAUACACAGGUUAUCAGUAAACUGGAGUUGAUUUAUUGAUCAAUGUUGUGCACAUGUGCUAAGACAUGGAACUACACUGGGAAUAAAGACCCUUUCUUUAAAAAAAAAAAAAAAAGGCACUAUAAAGAUGUUUUUUUUGAGAGGUUUAAUUUUGGCCUUAUAAGUAACUCACCUCCAGUCUCUCAUGUAGUGGUUCCUUCUUGUAUCCCAGCAAGGAGUUGGUGCUACUCUGGAACCGGUUUUGGUCAGAGCCAGUUCUUUGGCGAUGGAAAGACAAAGAACAGGUUCCAUAUCAGGCACUGGCUUUGAAUCGUGUCUUUUGUGGAAAAGAGGUAAUAAUGGUCACAUGUUAUCUGUCCAUAGGUGGUCCUUCUUUCUGCCACCAUGCCAGCCGAAGUGUUGGAAGUGACUAAGAAGUUCAUGCGGGAUCCCAUCCGCAUCUUGGUGAAGAAAGAGGAGCUUACCCUCGAGGGUAUCAAGCAGUUCUACAUUAAUGUGGAGCGAGAGGUGGGUUUACGUCCCCCUGAAAUCACUCAACACUGUCAGAGGUAGUAUUUUUUUUUUUUUUAAAUUGCCCAGCUAGUUUGGAUUUUGGUUGUCCUUCUCUUUAAAGCACUCUGCUAAAACUGCAAAAGCCAGGCCCAAAUGGGUUUGGCUCAUGUGGCCGUGUAAGCAUGGGUACACCAGGGAAGGAGAGAAAAGGCACAGUAUCUGAAAUGAGGCAUGGAGGGACCUCUUUCUAAAUGUCCAGUGUCCUUUGUCUCAGGAUCCUGUGUUACAAAUAAGCAGAUUUUUUUUUUUUUUUUAAACAAUAUCAAAUGGAAUGUAAUUUAGAGCGGUGUGGUGAAAUGAUGAUGGCCUUUUUUGCAUAACUAAAGUUUACUUUGUCUGCAGGAGUGGAAACUGGACACCCUGUGUGAUCUGUACGAAACACUGACAAUCACUCAGGCUGUCAUCUUCCUCAACACCAGGAGAAAAGUAGACUGGUUGACCGAGAAGAUGCAUGCCAGAGACUUCACUGUCUCUGCUCUGGUAGGAUCUGUUCUUGAGUAUUUUGCCUGAAAAAUGAUCAUCAGAAGACUCCAGUUGGAUUUUGUUGUUGGCACUGUAAAUGCACAUUUCCCUGAUGAGUAUAUCCUUCCUUCACAGCAUGGUGACAUGGACCAGAAAGAGCGGGAUGUGAUCAUGAGGGAGUUUAGGUCUGGAUCAAGCAGAGUGUUGAUCACUACAGAUCUGCUGGUUAGUAUGGGAGUGGGGAUGUAAAGGCUUCAAUGAUUAGUUGAAAAGUUUGCAACCCAAAAUGUGUCAAAUCUGCAACAGUCCUGAAAUGACCAAGCAGUCAAAACUUUUGGGAGAUCAGGGCUCGUUCUCCACAAUGGGUUCUUCUAAUGUAGGAAUCUGUUACUUUUAAAACGGGCGACAUUCGAUGUUUGAAUCCACACCACCCCACCUUCUCCAUGACUAUUUGAUUCAACUGCUUUCUUUUUCUUCAGGCUCGUGGUAUUGACGUACAGCAGGUUUCACUGGUCAUUAACUAUGACCUUCCUACAAAUCGAGAGAAUUACAUUCACAGGUAUGUUUUAUUUUUAAGAGCCGCAUUUUCAUAAGACACACACACACCUCAUUGUCCUGUGGGUCUAACAUCUCUCCUGCCUCUUUCUAGAAUUGGUCGUGGUGGCCGUUUUGGCAGAAAAGGAGUUGCUAUCAACUUUGUCACUGAGGAGGACAAGAGGAUUCUUCGGGACAUCGAGACAUUUUACAAUACAACCGUGGAGGAGAUGCCUAUGAAUGUGGCCGACCUGAUUUGAGCCCUGAGAGUUAUCUUUUUUUUUUUUAAACGCAGUGAUAGCGAUCGUCCACUUGCAUUGUGCUUAUAUUAUUCGAGGGGGAAAAAAAACUUCUAAAUGCUAAACCUUGGAUCAGAAUUUUGGUAUGUGUUAAAAGCGAGGCGACUUCCUAUGGUGGUCCCUCCUGGACAGUUGUAGAUUCUAACCUCGACAGCCGGCUGGUUGGAGCUACAAAGCCAUGGGGUCUGUAAACAUAAAGGUCCUUAUCAGGUAUUUCUUUCCAUGUUCAAUUAAGAUGUGUGUAUUCGAUGUUCUCCACCAUUUAGUAACUUACUUGUGGACUAAAAGGUAUAAGUGCUGUAUAAAGUCUGCAAAUUAUGUUAUGCUAACAUAUGUGCGAUGUAUUGUGGGCCUGCUUAAUAGAGGCACUUGUCAUGUUAAAAUGUAGAUUCACUUGCUUUUUUGUUUAUCUUUUGUGAGUGUUUUAUUUAACUGUACCAUAUAUUUUUUUUUAUCCCACUUGCUCUAUCAGAAUUCCUCACUGGUUGGCCAUAUUUUGCUGACGUGGUUUUAACCUUACCAGAGUAUAUUGCUAUUUCCUCCCCCUUGACUACUUUUCAGAUUUCUUCCUCCCCAGAAUUGUAUGAAUGUCUUAAUAAACUCAAAUUACUGUAAGUAAACCUGCUGUACGGCCUGUCAUGGAGUAUGCAUGCCCAUCAGUUUUGUUCUGCUUCUUUCAUGUUAAAGAAACUUUGUUUUUAAGUAACUGAGGUCACCAACUCUUUUAAAAGUUGGAGAAGGGUAAUGGGCACCACCUUAGUUCCCUUACUGUAGCAAUGCUGUGUAGCAUGAGAGAGAGCAACUUAAGACUGCAUUGGCUUUCCUACAGCCCCACCUAGUGGCCAACAAACUUCAAGACAAUAACCAAAUGACUGAGUUUGAAUAUCAAGAGAAAUGGUAUGUUUUUAAACUCAAAACUAAGUAUAAUACUGCUGAAACGCAUUUAACAGUAUUUAAAGGGACUUAAAAUGCAUAUAGUACUGCAAUCCUUGAAAAAAAUCUGCCUUUUGAGAAAGAUCCAGUCUAUCAAAAUGAUCCUUUUAUUGUUUUGCUCAGUGUAUAGAACCAUGGAGGGUAACAAAAUCCAGACUUUGCCAUGUUCAGGGUCUUAAAUGAAGACUGAAAAAAGCGAAAGUCCUGAUUGACUUUCAUGAGACUCUCAAUUUUAACUCCUUCACAUUUCAAUAAAACAUUGUAAAACACAUUAUCCUCUAUUUAAAAAUAUCUUCAGAUCAUUAGGAAUUCAUUUGUAAAGGUCUAGUAGUAACAUUAAAUCAUUCAAAAAGCUGGGCAUGUGAAGGAACAAGAAACUAAUGAAUUCUGCACUCGCAAGUUUCCCACUGUCAAGUAACAACCUCUCCCUCAGCCAGCAGGAAACACCCUGUGUUAUUUAAUUUUAAAAAUGUACCGAGCUGAGCCUUCAGUAAGAAUAAACUAAUCAAAAAAUAAAUAAAUACAACAACCUCAUUUGUCCUGACCUAUUUUGUGGUGCUCAGAAACCACUUUGUCCUAGUUAAAGGUUUCCUAUUUUUCUCUGUGGUUUACAUGUGGGUACAGAAAAACAGACGUGGUCUGAGAGAGGGCCACAGUGUUUUUCCACUGAACUGUGUCCUGCUUCAUGUUGGCUUCUUCUCUGUAGCUUGAUAGUUUUUCAUAUGAAAAUACUGUCUCCGAGCAAUCAGAAUAAUAUAUUUCCCCUGAAAAACAAACAGCCAACUGCUGUCUGCCUCUCUGUCGGUUGAGAAGGAAUGCAUCUAUAUCCAACAUUUUCAGACAUUCAGUUGAUAUGAACACCAAAGAGUUUUCAAGCACUGCUUUAUCUCCGUUGUCUAUAAUUCAGCCCCUGUGAUGUCUGAAAUGUCUGUCCUUUCAACAGCACUUAAGAAUUCUUAAUGUGUUACUUUUAAAUGUCCCAUUGAGUAGUAAAGGGGAAAAAAAAAUCCCAGACCUCAUAGACCCAAGAAGUUUAUCCAGUUUGGACCUUGUAUGACUAGUUUUGUGUUAUUUUUUCUCUCUUUUUUUUUCUUUUUUUAAUUUUCUUUUUAUUUAUUUAUUUUUGUACUUUUUAAAUUAAUUACUAUUUAAUGCAACAAAAAAUCGGAUUGUCAAAAUCCUUGUUGAUUGAACAUGUAUUUCUCUUUAUUUUUUCCCCUUUUUAAAAUGUCAAAGCAUCAAAAGUUUAACCAGAUUAACAAA